AGCGACGUCCGAAGAGACGCAUGUGAUCGUUGAGGCGAAGAAAGACGAAGAUUGCCGAUCUACAACCCGGCAGAUGACGCAAUUGGUUCAUAGAUGGCAGUAUGAGGAAAUAUAGGUUGUUUGCCACUCGCGACUAAGACUGUUUGCGGAAGUGCUACAUUGUUUCCACGAGACAAGCAGGUCUAGACUGAAAUGUUGCUAAAGAAAGCAGCAUCAUCUUAUUUGGUAGUGUCUGGUGACCAGUGGUGAGCCUUCAGAAUAGCCAUGAUGUCUUUCAGGAUGGUCUCCUUGAUAGCAUCCAGGCUUGGCAAACUGUCAGUGAUGCCCACAGUGUCUACAAGGAACUGUAGUCGACAUGUCAGCAAAGAUGCCAGCAAGGCCUGGAUGGGACAGAGCCAGACACACAGGACCUCAGCCCACAGACACCGAGGGAAGGAGGAGAGGUUUGAAGAAGAAGAUCCAGAUAUGGACGAUGUAGACGACAAGGUCCAGGCUGUGCUCAGUGAAGAGAGGAGGAGACAGAGGACGGUGAAGUACCAUAUAGUCAGGAGAAAGCUGACUGAGUCUGGAGCUCCAGAGAGGAGGCUGAGCUGGGACGCCAUGGAGCAGGUCAGGUAUCUGAAGCAGGAGCUACCAGAGGAAUGGACCGUUGACCGUCUGGCCGAGGGAUUCUCCGUCCAUCGUGACGUCAUCCUACGAGUCCUGAGGAGCAAGUUCAUCCCCACCCCAGAGAGGAAAGCUAAACAGGACGCCAGCGUGUGGGCCAGGCUGAGACAGCAGGCUUUACCUGGUGGUGGAGGGUCAGGGGGACAGGGCAGGCAGCAAGCCCUACCUGGGGGUGGAUCAGGGGAACAGGGCAGGCAGCAAGCCCUACCUGGGGGUGGAGCAGGGGAACAGGGCAGGCAGCAAGCCCUACCUGGGGGUGGAGCAGGGGGGCAGGGCAGGCAGCAAGUCCUACCUGGGGGUGGAGCAGGGGAACAGGGCAGGCAGCAAGCCCUACCUGGGGGUGGAGGGUCAGGGGGACAGGGCAGGCAGGUGGCCCUACCUGGUGGUGGAGGGUCAGGGGGACCGGGCAGAUCACAGCUGCCUGGCUCUGGACACAGCAGUAGCAAACUAGCCAUGCUGCCCAUAGGAAGUGGCACUGGUGCCCUGGUCACCCUGGCUAGCCACAGUAGCCAGAGUCUGAUAGCCAGGGACUUGGAGGAUGGCCCUGACCCAAGAGCCAUGAUGACUACUGCCAAUAGUCCUGCUGCUCCUCUCAGCUCAGUACCCACCCAGCUCUCAACCUCACCAACCCUGCACAGCAGACGCACCUCAGGACAAGAGAACUCUAGAGAGGAGUGGGAGGAAGAGGAGGAGGACAAUGUGUUGGAGAAGGUCGAGGAGAAAGAGGAGAGAUGGGAUGGAAGGGUGUUUUCAGAGGAAGAACUGGAGGAACUAAUGCUGUCAACAAAGCCCUCGCCGGUGGUACAGAACGGGAAAGAGUUCUUUGACAGUGUAGGAAACUUCCUGUACAGAAUCUGAGAUGGCAAAAUGGCACCCUAUUCCCUAUAUAGUGCACUACUUUUGACCAGGGCACUAUGUGUGCCAUUUUCAGAAGUAGCCUGAGAUUUUACAUUUACAUUUACAUCAUUUAGCAGACGCUCUUAUCCAGAGCGACUUACAAAUUGGUGUUGUUAAUGUUGUUCAUAAAUACAAUGCAGUAGACUUCUGUAGGAAGAUGCCGGAGACUGAUUAUGCCGCAAACCAAUAAAGCACCAUUUACAAUGUA